GAAACAAAAGGAAACGAAAGCGCAGUGUUCCAGAAAGUUUAGAUACAUCUGAGAAAGAGUCCGACGAGCCAUUACAAAAAUCCCAUUGUUUAAUCAUGGAGACAAAUUUACACCAAACUGAUGAGCCGUUGCCAAAAGUCCCAUGCUUGGCUGUUGAGAAAACUGAUUCAUCCACAGCAAAGGUGACGAUUGAGCAUAUGAUUCCACUCGGUGAACCGAAUGACUCAUGGACUUCAACAGACAAGGGAAUAUCCCCAGAAGCUGAAGGAAAGACCAGGAAACGAAAGCGCAGGGCUCCAGAAAGUUUAGAUACAUCUGAGAAAGAGUGUGACGAGCCAUUGCGAAAAUCUCGAUGUUUAGUCGCGGAGACAAAUGACAAAUUUCCACAAGCUGAAGAGCCGGAUUCUCAUAAAAAUGUCGCUAGAGUUAAAGUGGAAAAUUCCGCAAAUCCAGAAGCUCUGGAGUAUGCUCAUUUGUGUCUCAGAAAUGCUUAUCACGCACUCCUUGGUGCCGGGAUCCUGGAACAUCGAGCAGCCGUGAUGGCCCCAGAAAAUGUAACCAUCCAACCUCAGGUUAGCAAAGCCAUCAGAUUUGAUCUGAUUAUUUAUGAACAUUAUGUCCGAACAUUUUUUGAAAUCGUCACUUACUCCAAGUGGGACAGCUCAACCG